AUGUCGGCUGUCGACUCGGGCGCCACUGGGCCUACAACACGAAUGCGGCGCAGUUGGACGAUCCUUUGCUUCGCCGGGGCAUGGGCCAAGAACCCACUAGUGUUCGAUAGUCUAUACGGGCGGAUGGUCCGCGACCCUCCGUGUCGACCAUCUCGUACUGCCAAUCCUGGACCGCUGCUACCUUGCUCUUCCUUCGUAGAAGGAGAUAUGCAAGCCGCUUUGGUCGGCUUUGACGGUAUAAGAUGA